GUGCGUGACGCGUAAAUCGCGACUCGCUUAUCACUUAUCAUUAUAAAAAUGAUACAUCGAGUUACCUCACGGGCGAUAACGUUGUUGAUAGUGCACUAGAUUCGCUCGGCGUAUAAUGUGAUUUUAAAUUUUCAAAAUGUUGAAAUUAAUAGUUCUGUCGGUGCUCGUCCUAAAAGUUUUAUCCAACCCGUGCGCUGAGGACCAGAGUGUGGAUGUGAGUUCGGGGGAGAGGUACUCGAAUGGGUCCAUCGUUCAUGCCGGGGUGGAGUACACGAGCGGGACCUGGUACCAGAGUGAGAACGGGACCCUCGGCUGCCCGUGCCUGGUGCGGAUAUGCCUCUGGAAGUGCUGCGGGGAGAACCAGUCUUAUGUGAACAGGUCGUGUCAGGACACCAGUUCGGACGAGCCGUUUAAUCCGCCGGUGUACAAUGGAACGGAAUUGACGGAGAUUAGCGCUAUUCAUCACUUCUACUACAUGCAUAAUAUCAAGUGUGACAAAUACUUGGUGGACUCCAACUCGUCGGCCGAGGAUAUGUAUCUUCAAGAGAAUGGCACCCUCUACGAGAUCUCCUACACCUUUCACCGUUGGUACCCGGCGUCGAGGUUCUGCAUGGAGACGAUGACCGACAGCCGGUCGCAGCGCCUGGUCGCCGGUGUCUGCUACCCUGAUGAGGAGGAGGAACAGGACGAGCUGCUGUUCAUCGGACAUGCUGUUGGUCUCCUGAUAUCAGUGCCAUUUCUGAUAGCGACAUUUGCGGUGUACGCGUUUGUGCCCGACCUCAGGAACCUGCAUGGCUUGUGCCUUAUGGCGUACACUGGUGGUCUGAUAGUGGCAUACAUCAUGCUGGCAUACCUCAAGCUGCAUACCACGACACUUGGUGUUGGCAUGCACGGGUGUUAUGCUUCGGCGCUGAUCAUUUACCUCUCAUUCCAAACGAGCUUUUUCUGGCUGAACGUGAUGUGCUUCGAUAUAUGGCGGACCUUCAGCGGCUACCGCGCCAGCAGCAACCGGAAGAAGGACAUCCGCCAUUUCCUGUACUACGGGAUCUAUGCUUGGGGGGUGCCCCUCAUCCUCACCACAAUCACCGCCGUGAUGCAGUUCCACGAGGAUAUACCGGAUUACAUCAUCACACCGGGCUUCGGACAUCGACGGUGUUGGUUCAUUGACUGGGUAAGCGAGAUGCUGUACUUCUUCGGUCCGGUGUUCCUGCUGGUGGUGUGCAACGUGGUGCUGUUCGCCGUCACCGCGUGCCGCAUCCGCUCCAUCCGCCAGGAGACCGCCAUACUCAAGGGCUCCGAGUCCUCGCGCAGUGACAAGCUGAAGAAGGAUAAGCAGAGGUACAGCCUCUACCUGAAGCUGUUCCUGGUGAUGGGUGUGAACUGGACGGCGGAGGUGGUGGGGUUCGCGGUGGGGGGCAACAACUGGUACUGGAUAGUGCCCGACAUCGCCAACAUAGUGCUCGGCGUCUACAUCUUCUUCGUCUUUGUGUGGAAGAAGAAGAUCAGGAAUCUCGUUGUUAAGAGAUGGCGCAGCAUCCGCGGCGUGCAGGCGGCGGAGUCGAGCGCGGCGAAGUGGGCGACGCGGUCUAGCGCCGCCACUGAGGACACCCGCAUUUCAGGGGACGACUCUGCCAUCAGACUCAAAGAGAUGCACUAGAAUGGGUUGCCAAAAAUUUUUGUGGACAAGAUUAUUAUUUGAUUUAAUAUGCUACGGUUGGCAACCCUGACUUCUGUGUUAAUGUUAACAGCCUUUUCAAUUCGAAGUGAAAUUGUUGUAGAGCUUGUCCAAUAAUGACGCGCCCCUUCUGCGUAUUAACAGUACAAAAUUACCCGUAUAUUAGCAACCAGUGAAGUAGUGGGGCGCGUCAUUUCAAGUAUGACAAACUCUACUUAUUUGUGUAAUGCCCGGGCCCCGGACUGAGGUAUUUGACAAGAGUUUAUCCAUUCAACGCUGUUGCUUGCAUAUUCUGACAUUACCCAAUCAAAAGCGCUAGUGAAAAGGUAAACCUUAGACUAAAGAGUAAAGACCUUCGAAACCGGGCAUUAGAUUACACGCGUAUGACUCAGAAGUCGGACAUACAAUAGUUUUUCAUCUAUGUCUUACUGUCCGACAUCGCAUAGAAAAUGACAAAACAAACUUUUUUUACAACAAACAAUAAGUUGUAACUUGUAACGCUGGUUCUCUAGGAGAUCGUGGUAUUGAGCACGUUCGUGCUGAAAGUUAUCCCACGUUUAUAACUUUAUGCUUGUAAGCUUCUUGUCUUCGUGAUAUUCAUUGUGAGCCAUUAUUCGUGUGCCAGGCUUGAUGUGGCCUCUCCACGUUGGACCAAUAUAGGCGAUUACGAACGUGUUGUCAACAGGGGGUAGGGGCGUAGUUACCGCCGCAUCUGCCCUAUCAAUUAUACGAUCCCCAAGCCACAAGAGCCCCCAAUGUGCGUAAGCAAAAAAUAAUAAAAAACUUCCCCACCCUCCCAAAUCAGGCCCCCAAAACAAAUUUUUAUACGGAGCCCCGCUAAGGAGCUACGCUUCUGGCUUCAAAGACCAUGAUCGACGUUGAUGACGACCUCUGUGGCUCAGUUGUUGAGCGCGUAGUAGCUCAGGCGGGGGUCGUGAGUUCAAGUCCCGCCGACGGAACAAAAUAUUUUCAUGUUCCUAUUGGUCAUAAUGUGUAUUUACUAUUUAAUAUGUGUAUUGCGUAGGUAUUGCAUGUU